AUGAUAUCGAUUGUUCCUGGUUACACCAGUCGAUCUGUGGCUGGGUCUUAUGACAAUGAGGGCAUUGCAAUUUUUUGCAUGCUUCUGACAUUUUAUUUCUGGAUCAAGUCUGUGAACAGUGGCUCUAUCUGUUCUUCUGUGUUAACUGGAAUUUCUUAUUUUUACAUGGCAAAUCAAGUGUCAUCCUGGGGUGGAUAUGUUUUCUUGCUCAACACUAUCCCUUUGCAUGUCCUUUGCCUAAUGAUUUGUGGCCGUUUUUCUCAACGUGUGUACGUCGCGUACUCUAUCUUCUAUUGCAUCGGAACUCUCUUGUCCAUGCAAAUAAGCUUUGUUGGUUUUUUACCCGUCUUAUCGAGCGAGCAUAUGGGCGCUCUCGGCGUUUUUGGCUUGUGCCAGUUUUUCGCGUUUGCUUCCUAUCUAAAAACACGCACAAGCAGUGACCAAUUUUAUUGUAUUCUUCGCCUUGGUGCCUCAACUCUAGGUCUGGUUUUGUGUGCUUCUGCGGGGACACUUUAUUUUUCCGGUAAAAUUGCCCCCUGGACGGGUCGAUUCUACUCAUUGUUAGAUCUAAGUUACGCCAAAAAUCAUCUUCCAAUCAUUGCCUCUGUGUCUGAGCAUCAACCGACGACCUGGAGUUCUUACUUUUUUGAUCUACACGUUAUGACUAUAUUCUUUCCUGUUGGCUUGUACUACUGCUUCAAAAAAUUGACCGACGCAAAUAUCUUCAUUAUAAUAUACGGUGUUCUGAGUCUUUAUUUUUCGGGUGUUAUGGUUCGUCUGAUGUUAGUCUUGGCUCCUAUCAUGUGUAUUCUCUCCGGUACGGCCGUUUCCAACAUCCUUCGCACCUUUUUGCCCAACUUAGCCGUCUGCCCCCCGUCCGCAGAUAGAACCGACCUUUGUGCUCCGUCCUCACAGAAGCGUCCGUCCCCACUCGGGAAGCAGACCAGGGGUUCUGCCACAGUGUCGCCAUCUGAUCCGACAUAUCCUUUCAAAAGUCAGGUCGCUUCCAUCGUGAUCGCCUCCAUUGUGAUUGUCUUGGCGCUUUACAGCCAACAUUGUGUUUGGGUCACUUCAAAUGCCUACUCAUCGCCCAGCAUUGUUAUGGCAGCUCAACGUCCGGAUGGCCUACAAGUCCUUUUUGACGACUAUCGCGAAGCUUACUACUGGCUGCGGCAAAACACACCCCCUGAUGCCAAAGUAAUGUCCUGGUGGGAUUACGGCUAUCAAAUAACAGCUAUCGCCAACCGUACAGUUCUCGUUGACAACAAUACGUGGAACAACACGCACAUAGGUCGCGUUGGUCAAGCCAUGGCUUCGCGUGAAGAGGAUGCUUAUCAGAUUCUUCGUGAACUCGAUGUGGACUACGUCUUGGUCAUCUUUGGUGGGGUUUCAUCGUACUCUUCUGAUGAUUUGAAUAAGUUCCUGUGGAUGGUCCGCAUCGCCGGCAGUACUGAGAGAGGCCGGCACGUGAAAGAAGUCGACUACUUUAGCAAAGCUGGUGAGUAUCGCGUCGACAAAGAAGGUUCGCCCACCUUUCUCAACUGCCUACUCUACAAAAUGUCGUACUACAGAUUCUGGGAAAAGUAUACUUCGUCGAAUCAUCCUCCGGGCUACGAUCGCGUGCGGAAUGCGAUAAUCGGAAACAAGGACUUCGAACUCACUACUUUAGAAGAAGCCUUUACCACAGAAAACUGGAUUGUUCGUAUUUACCGUGUAAAGAAACUCUUGAAUCGUGGUCACACUUGA